GAAGGAUGGAAGCAAGUUAUGUGCACUUGGCUUCGGAGCAGACGGGAGAGAUGGCGUCCAGGUCCCCAUGAAUAAGCAAAAAAAGAAAAGGAAAAAAGGAUGCGAGACAGAUAGCCGAGGGGCAGGACGCUGAAAGGGGAGUUUACCAUCGCUAUAUUUUUUAAGCAAAACAUCUUCAGGACUAAUUUGAACCCGCAUUUCUUAAGGAUCUCAUAUUGGCGUGGAGCGUGGCAAUAUUUACUGAUCUUUUUUUUUCCUAAUCAUUGCUCUGUUUUCAUCUUCGUCCGAUCACUGGGAGGGGAGGGUUUUGCGUUUGCUACAGCUGUUUCUGCCUCCGCCUCUCCGCUUUCCAACGUAGGGACGGCGAGACAGGAGAGAGAGAGAGAGCGAGGGGCGAUGGCUGCCGGAGGAGGAUGCGGGGAAACCGUGGAUCAGUACCGGGCGGAGGUAGAGCGGCUAACCCGCGAGCUUGCGGAGGCUAACCGGGAGAAGAUUCGGGCGGCGGAAUGCGGUCUUGUCGUAUUAGAGGAGAACCAGACUCUGAAGCAGCAAUAUGCCGACCUGGAAGCCGAGCAGGAGGCGCUGAAACAUGAGUUGGAGCAGCUGCAGGAGGCUUUCGGGCAGGCGUACUCGAACCAGCGCAAGGUGGCGGAGGAUGGCGAGACCAACGAGGAGACGCUGCUGCAGGAGUCUGCCUCCAAGGAGGCGUACUACAUGGGCCGCCUGCUGGAGCUGCAGACAGAGCUGAAGCUGAACCGCUCCGUGGCGUCCAACACGCAGUCGGAGAACGAGAGGCUAAAUGGGGUGUUGCAGGAGCUCAGAGAGAGUAACGAGAUGCUGGAGCUGCAGAGGACCAGGAUGAAGGAGGAGAUUCGGGAGUAUAAGUUUCGGGAGGCGCGUCUGCUGCAGGACUACACGGAGCUGGAGGAGGAGAAUAUCACCCUGCAGAAGCUGGUGUCCACCCUCAAGCAGAACCAGGUGGAGUACGAGGGGCUGAAGCACGAGAUCAAGGUGCUGGAGGAGGAGACGGUGCUGCUGAACAGCCAGCUGGAGGAUGCGCUGCGGCUGAAGGAGAUCUCGGAGGCGCAGCUGGAGGAGGCGCUGGACACGCUGAAGAACGAGCGGGAGCAGAAGAACGGCCUGCGCAAGGAGCUGGCGCAGUACCUGAGCCUGAGCGACAGCGUGUACGGCACCAGCGCCCACCUGGCCCUCGCCUCCGUCGAAGGCCUCAAGUUCACCGAGGAGGGCGGCGGCGUCAGCGGCGUCGGCAGCGGUAACAGCACGGCCGCCUCCAACUCGCCCAACAACGAAGACAGCAACAAGUGCAACGGGCACGUGCUCGGGGGCACCGUUAGCACCGCCCUGGCCAAGAUGAACGGGGACUACCGGCCCGCGGGGAGAAAGGGGGAGGCGCUGCACCCGGUGUCCGACCUCUUCAGCGAGCUCAACCUCUCCGAGAUGCAGAAGCUCAAGCAGCAGCUCCUGCAGGUGGAGCGGGAGAAGGCGGCCUUGCUCACCACCCUGCAGGAGUCCCAGACGCAGCUGGAGCAUACGCAAGGCGCACUGACGGAGCAGCACGAGCGCGUGCACCGCCUGACGGAGCGCGUCAACGCCAUGAAGCGGCUGCAGUGCGACAAGGAGGCCCGCAUGGAGCUGGAGGAGGAGCCGGAGAAGGGCGACUCCUCCCCCAACAGCCACGAGUACGAGGUGGACAUCCACGGCCUGGAGAUCCUGGAGUGCAAGUACAAGGUGGCGGUGACGGAGGUGAUCGACCUGAAGGCCGAGCUGAAGGCCCUGAAGGAGAAGUACAACAAGACGGUGGAGAGCUACGCGGAGGAGAAGAGCCGGAGCGAGGGCCGCCUGCAGACGCUGGACGAGCAGGUGACGCACCUGGAGCGCAGCUGCCGGGAGGGGCGGGAGAGGAUCGGCACUCUGGAGGCGGAGCUGCGGGCGGUGUCGGGCGUGGCCAGCGAGAGCCACAACAUGCUCAACGCGGCGCAGGAUGAGCUGGUGACCUUCAGCGAGGAGCUGGCGCAGCUCUACCACCACGUCUGCCUCUGCAACAACGAGACGCCCAACCGGGUGAUGCUGGACUACUACCGGCAGGGCCGCGUGGGUCGCAGCGGCAGCCUGAAGGGCGCCGAGGACCCCCGCGGGCUGCUCUCGCCCCGCCUCGCCCGCCGAAUCGCCGCCGCCACUGCCCCCUCCGAGCCCCGCAGCCCCAUGGAUUCCCCGUCCAAGGAGCCGCUCUCCGACCCCGGGAAGGAGAGCCCCACCCGCACGCCCUCGGGCUCGCCCGUCGCCAGCGCCUCGCCCUCCUCCUCCUCCUCCUCGCCUGUGCCGGAGCCCGCCGGCGACCUGCGCAAGGAGCCCAUGAACAUCUACAACCUGAACGCCAUCAUCCGGGACCAGAUCAAGCACCUGCAGAGGGCAGUGGACCGCUCCCUGCAGCUCUCCCGCCAGAGGGCCGCCGCCCGCGAGCUCGCCCCCAUGUUUGACAAGGACAAGGAGGCCUGCAUGGAGGAGAUCCUGAAGCUCAAGUCCUUGCUCAGCACCAAGAGGGAGCAGAUCGCCACGCUGCGGCUAGUCCUCAAGGCCAACAAACAGACAGCAGAGGUCGCCUUGGCCAACCUUAAGAGUAAAUACGAGAACGAGAAGUCGAUGGUGACAGAAACCAUGAUGAAACUGAGGAACGAACUGAAGGCCCUGAAGGAGGACGCUGCCACCUUCUCCUCCCUGAGAGCCAUGUUCGCCACCAGGUGUGACGAGUACGUGACGCAGCUGGACGAGAUGCAGAGGCAGCUGGCGGCGGCGGAGGACGAGAAGAAGACGCUGAACUCGCUGCUGCGCAUGGCCAUCCAGCAGAAGCUGGCGCUGACGCAGCGCCUGGAGGACCUGGAGUUCGACCACGAGCAGUCGCAUCGCGGCCGCGCCAGCAAGGUGGCCAAGAUGAAGAGCAGCCCACCCAAAAUUGUCAGCAGCCUGCUGCCACAGUACCGACACUCUCCUCACAACUAAGGCGAGACAGAGCCCCUCUAGCCCGCAGUCGUAACGUUGUGAUAGCUCUCCAGGAGGACGAGACGCACCAUUCCAGCGGCAGCCGCUCCCCCUGUGUCCCUUUCAACUGUCUGUCACCGGAGGCUCCGCCCCCUGGCCCGUAAAAACCACCCCCCCUCAGCGAACAGCCAACCACCGGCCUCCACAAAGCCCACCACACCUACGUGUCAACCAACAAAGGCCCAAUCCCUGCAGGCUCCGCCCCCCCUCUCCCCGAUCGCCACGGUUA